GCGCUGGGUUGUGGAGGCUGUAAAUGGCGUAAUCAAGAGGUGGAAAUACUUCGCCAAUGUAGUAUCAAAUUUGAAUAUUCCACACAUCGAAAGCGAUUUUAGAAUUGUUUGCGCAUUAAUAAAUAAAUUUAGACCAGCAAGAACAACUUCCACCGAAAAUGACCAGCAAUUGGCAGCUCAAAUGAAAAAAAAAGCAAACGAAACAAAUAAUUUAAAAUUGCUCGUGCAAAAAGAGAAAAAGCUCAAUAAAGCUGCUCGGUCGAUUGAUGUCAAGAAAUUAUGUUUUCCUAUUCUAUCUGAGAAUUACAUUCGUGAAUUGACUUUUGGUGUUUAUCAAAUAAAACAGGCAAAGUCAUACACGAGUGAGCACUUGGACCAAAAUGGAAAUUACAUGUUUCAAUUUGUAUUAAUGCUACCUAAUUUAAUACAAAUUCGACUUCAAUCUCGCUUUGCAAGCAAAAAGAUUCAUAACAUUUAUAUUGAAUUUGUCAGGCAAACUUCGAAUCGUAAUAAUCAACAACUUGAACCGAUCAAGUCGUGGUAUUGCGAUUGCAAAGCUGGUGCUCGCGUAGUUGGUACAUGUGCUCAUGUUGCGAGCGUGCUGUGGUAUCUUGGUGUCGCCAUUCAUGAUCCAGAAAUGCUAAAAGAAAGGAAAUGUGAUAAAUUUAUGAGCCUAUGUCAAGAUGCAUCUGAUUCAUAA